CCGCAUGCACGGCGGUGUAUUUGUCGGUCAUUUGUAUUUGGAACGCCGUAGCAGACAGAAGGACACGGGUGAAAAAGCGACGAAGCGUGCGAACGGAGUGGAGCGGCUACUUUUAGCGCCCUUUUUUGUUUCAUUUUCCCCACUAACAUAACGCAACAUUUUUGGCAACAACUUUUCGGCAAACCAAUUGAAAAACAAACUAAACGAACUAAUCGCGGCACGGGAAUCAACAACAAAUUCUAUUCCGAUGCAAUACUUGUGUUCGUAAACAAUUUUUUUCUGUUCGAUCCGAUAAACGAUAAACGCGAAUUCCAGUGAUCUUUUGGAAAAAGGCGAAGUGGAAAGCGAAGAACCCAAACCGAAAAACUCUAAAUCACCGGUAAAAAAAAAAAGUGGCGAGAGAGAGCAAGAGAGUGUGAUCGGGAGAGAGCAUCGCAUCGCCAUUCUCGCUUCCCUCGCGAUUCGCAAAAACAAAAUUCGAAAUUCAAAAUUGACCAGCAUUCGUUGCGGUUCCGAUAUUGGUUUCUUCAGUUCAGUUCAGUUUCGUAUUAUUUAUCAAGUCUGCUGUUGUGGGUCUUUCGUUUCGCCGAAGAAGAGAGAGCGAAAGAGAGCGCAGCAGGAGCGGUGAAGGAGAAGGAGGAGCGGAGCAGAAGGAGAAGGAGCUAAGCAGCAGUCCAAGUCCAACGAAGACGUGCCCAAAGCAAGGCGCAGAUAAUACAAAUACAAAGCACAAAAAACCACUAAAAACACAAAAAAAAAAAAAAAACAACGAAACAAGAGUAUAUAACAUAAAACCCAAAACAAAACGAUCGGCUCAGCAGAGCCAACGAAAAGUAAACAGAGGAGCAGCAGGAGCAGAGGAUGCAUCACUGAUCCCGGAGAGCUCGAGACAUGAGAAGCGGAACACCGAGCAGCCAUCAAGCAUCGACUUAUGUAGCGGUCCAUGACGAGUAUUAAGACCGAGAUGCCGCCCCUGCACGCGGCAGAGGCGCUCGCCUCCAGCAGUGCCACCGAUAGCGGUGGGGGAGGGGGAGCAGGAGGAGGAGGAUCGGGCGGACCAGGAGCGGGAGGAUCGGGAGGCGUCGGCAGUGCGCCCGCUACGCCCAAUGCCACAAUCAGCGCCGCCGCCGACUCCAGUGAUAAUCAGCCCGGCACGCCGCAGCCCACGCAACAGCAACAGCAGCAACAAUCGACGCAGCAACAGUUGCAGCAGCCACAAUCGCAACAACAGCAGCAGGCCAUGGGUGGAGGAGAUCCCCAGCAGCAGCAACAGCAGCAGCAGGUAACGGGCAUCACCCACCAGCCGUACGCCACCCAUCACAUGUAUUCCGCAUCCGGCGGACAGCAGCAGCAACAGCAGCAGAUCUACGGCGGACUCUACGGCGGGGACAUGCAGCAGCAGCAGGGCUACGCCAGCAGCUACAUCAACAGCUACGAGCAGUUCUACCAGCAGCAACAGCAGCAGCAGCAGGGCACUGACUACGCCUUUGGCGCCGUUGGCGUUGACUACGGCAAGAGUGCCGGGGUGCGCUAUCAUCCCUACCUGCAAACGCCCACCUCCGGACUGGGCGGCAUUCCAACGGCCAGCGCGGCUCAGGAGGAGGCGGGCAGUGCGCCCAGCGCCGUCAGCACUACCACGGCGGUGGCCAUGAGUCCUCGUGUGGUGAGCAGCAGCAGUCCAACGUCGACGUCCUCGCACCUGCAGCUGGGCAGCUCCAGUGGCCAAACACCGGGCUCACCAGGCGGAGCAGCCGGAAGUGCCGGAUGCAAGUUGCAGUGCAAGAAGUGCGGCAUCCUCACCACCAACGAGUCGGAGCUACAGGAGCACAUCGCCAACGUGCACGGGGAGUCGCCGUAUGGCAGCAGCGGCUACGCCAGUUCGCCGUACAUCAAGGAGGAGAUGCCCACGCCACAGCCACCCGGCGGUGGAUCCGCAGCGGCCAAUCCUGGCGAGUUGCUCGACCUAGAUUCCCAGAAAAUGGUCUAUCACCAGCAGUUGCUCCAGCAGCAGCAGCAGCAACAACAGCAACACGACGUGGUCGCUGGACUGCCGCUGGGCUCUCUGCCGGAUCCGCUGCACUCGAUGCAAUCCAUGCAGCAGCGCGCUCUCCACAGCUGGGAGCAGCAACCACAGCAGACAGUGGCCUCCGUGGAGGGCCUGCCACCGUACAUGCAGCAGGGAUUGGGCGUGGGGUUGGGAGUAGGCGUGGAUAAGUCGCCCUACUACUCGCCAAAGCAGUCGCCCUAUCAUCAGUCAGCCGGCGUUGGCGGAGCCACGCUGAUCAAGCAGGAGUACGGCGGCCACGGACUAAUCAAGUCCGAGUAUCCCGAUUCGCAGCACUACGUGGACAAGUCCUUCGACCCCACAGCUGGCGGAGGCGGUGGAGCGGAACUGUGCGCCAGCGUGGCCACCAGUCCGGCGGAGUUCCCUAGCACCACCACUGGUGGACCCGGGCAGGAGAGCGCGGCGGGUGCGGCGCCAGGAGGUGGAUAUCGCGGUUUCGAGCCGCCCAGUUCUAGCUCUGUGCUGCCGGCCAACAGCCUGACGGCCAAGGCGGCCACCUGGAAGUCGAACGAGGCGCGCCGUCCCAAAACGUACAACUGCACGGCCUGCAACAAGUGGUUCACCAGCUCGGGCCACCUGAAGCGCCACUACAACACGACGCUGCACAAGAAUGCGGUGAAGUCGAGCGGCCAGCCGGAUCCAGCCACCCUGCCCAUAUCGGCGCACCACCAUCCCGCUCGCGAUCCGGUGACGAAGCCCAGUCGCAGGGGCAAUGCCGCAGCCGCUGCGGCCGCCGCUGCAGCUGCCGCCUCGGCCAGCGGUCAGGGUCAGCAGCAACAGCCGCCGCCACCACCACCGCCGGCCAAUGUGCCACCACCGGAGCCGCCCAGAAGUCCGCCCGAGUAUGGCGGAGGAGGCGGCUUGGGCGUGGGAGCGAUGGGCGGCGCUGCCAUGUCCCAGUACUCGGCCUCACCCUCGCCCACACAGCAGCAGCAGCAUCACCUCAACCACCAUCAGCAGCAGGCCAACGGCUAUGCUAAUGGCACCGCCAAUGGCUAUGGCUAUAUGCAGCAACAAGUGCAAUCCACGACAAACGCUUCACCACAGCACGCUUCCAACAACAACAGCAACAACCAGCAGCAGCAGCAACAACAGCAGCACCAUCAGCAGCAGAUGCCGCAGCACCACAACUCCGUUUUGAACGGUCACCCAAACGGGCUAGCAGGUCCCUCCGCCCCACACAACAACAACACCACCCAAAUGCCGUCCUCCCAAAUGAGGGGCCUGCUGAACGAAACAACAACCACGCCGCCACCAACAACAACAACCCGAGCACCACAAAUCACAACAACAGCAAUAACAACAACAACGGCGGCCACCACGGUAGCUAUAAAGAGCGAGCAAAUGGAGGACAGCAACCACACCCACACCCACACACACACGCACACGCACACGCAUCCCAAUCACAGUCUCAGCCAGGACAGGAGCCACAGCAGCAGCAGCUCAAUGGCCACGGAGGAGGCGGAGGAGCAGGAGCUGCGGGAUCAGGAGCAGGCGGACGAUCACCUGCAUCAGCAUCAGCAGGCGUCGCAGCAGUAUCUGCUGGCGGCGCGCCAUUACCACAGCAGCACGCCCAACACGCUCAGCAGCAGCAACACCAAUCCCAGCACGCCCAGCAGCAACUCGCCCCAUACUAUCUACCGGCAGGAGCAGCAGGGAACGGAUUUCUCGCGCACCACCCCGCCGCCGCAGCCGCUGCCGCCUAUGGGAAUGCUGCCGCCUAUGGCAAUGGACUACAACAUGCUGGCUUUGGAUAUGCCCAUGCCCAUGCCCACGCUCAUGCACAGCAAUAUGCUGCAGUGCAGCAGCACCAGCACCACGCCGCUAGCUACUACCACCACCACCAGUAUGCCGGACACUAUGCAGCCGCCGCAGCAGCAGCUGGUGCACCACUACCAGGCGGUGCUCCACCCGCUCCAUCAGCAGCUGGGGGAGCAGCACCAGCGCCAGGAGGAGGAUCAUCAUCAGCAGCAGCGGGAGCUUCACCAACUGGAUCAGCAGCAGCAGCAGCAGGCGUUAAUCCUGGCGGACAGUUUGCCGCACAGCAGCAGUUCGCCCACCAGCAGCUCCCCACCGCCCACCAUGCCCAUGCCGCUCACCACCAUCACAGCGCCGCAGCUGCUGCCGCUGCAGCCGCCGCCGCCGCACAUCACCAGCACCAUGCCCAUGCCGCCCACCAUGCACAUGCCCAUCAUGCCGCCGCCGCCGCAAUGCUACCAGCAGCUGCAGCCGCUGGACCCCACAAUGAGCUAUCACACUAUUAUUGGUAGUGGCCCGGAGGCGCAUGCCACAGCCGCCGGCGGUGGCUACAGCAACCAGAUCACCACCAGCGAUGGCCAAAUCCUGCAGCUGAUGCCAACCUCCCUGUUCGCGCCCUAUGCCCCGCUCUCGCCGUACUCGGUGGCCGCUCAGCGAUCGCCGCAGGAGGGCGACCUGCCGCCGGUUCACACACUCACCACAGCCCUGCACGCCCAUCAGCAGGGCGGGCAACAGGAGGCACAGACGCCAACGCUGACUGUGCUCUCCACGCCCUACUCGCCCACAGUGAGCAGCUCGCGGGCCACUCCCGCGCUGGAGAUGGACAUGGCCACGCUCAUGCAGCACCAGCAGGACUACGAGAUGGAGCAGUAUCAGAUGCAACACCAGCAGUUGGAGCAGCUGCAGCAGCACCAGCAGCAACUGGACCAUCAGCAGCAGCAACAGAUCCUGGCGGAUCAGACCCAAUCGAUGGCCCAGCAGCCGCUGACCAAGAAGCGGCGUGGCGGCAACGCAACACCAUCGACGACGAAGCGACGGCGGAACAGCAGCGUCGGAUCGACGUCGCCGCACUCGACCACCCUGCCAUCGGGACGGAUCAAGUGUCUGGAGUGCGACAAGGAGUUCACCAAGAACUGCUACCUCACGCAGCACAACAAGAGCUUCCACUCCGCAUCCAGGAGGCAGAACAAAUCGCAUCCAUCUAUGUACCCAGCGAACGCCCAGAGACGGAUCAAAAUUUAAGCGAAUUGAAUUAUUUCGGACAACCCGCGACCUUUGGCGCUUUGGCAAGGACCCCAAGCAAGGAUGAAUAUCCAUACAUUUGAGUGGUGUUUGAUGGACUAACCACAUGCACUCCCACCAACCCAACAUUCCUACCGAUCGUCAUCAUCAUCUUCAAAAAGGAUUCCAGCAUCUAUAAAGCAGAAGAGCAGCUGUUUUCACUACAUAAACGUUUUGUUUUUUUUUUUUUUUGUAUUCUUAGUGCAAUCAACUAGUUUUUUUUGUCGAGAAAGAACUACUGAGAACGAACUACCCAGAAACGAAAUCGAAUCUCCUUAGCGUAAAUUUAGCAUAACUCUUUGUGUAUCUAAGGAAGUAGCCAACCACAUACUGUAGCUGUACCAAUCGGGCAUUCAAGGACUAAAACUUAGAUGGGCAUUGAGUAGAUUGAGCAGAUUGAGCAGAUUGAGCAGAUUGAGCAGAUUGAACAGAUUGAACAGAUUGAGCAGAUGCAGCAGAAGAACAUUGUCUCCUAUAUCAACAUUGUGCAUAUCAUUUAUUGGGCAAACGGAAAAACAAUAAUUAAACUUAAAUAGCAAAAGGUUAAAAGCAGGAGAGGCAAUACUUUUAGUUAAAAUUGAGUUGAAUUUCGAAUCGAAUUGAAUUGAAUUGAAUUGAAUUGGCUCGCCUUGCGAAACGCAUUUCAUCCGUCAGUUGGGAGUGUUUACUGUGCAAUAUGAAACUAUGUAAUUCAUUUUUUUUUUUUAUUAACGAUUAACGAAAUGUUGAGGACGAAACCUAGCGAUAGCAAAGAAACACAAAGAAUUACCUCGGCAGAACCGCUCAGAAAGUAAUAGAAAUCUACCUCGUUAGCAAUAAAACAAUGAUCGAUUAAAGCACGGAUCAGAUGAGCAGGAAUAUUUUAGUUUUAGUUUUAGUUUUUAGUUUGAGAGGGCUUAUGACAAGCGAACGAAUCGAAGAAAAUGUCAACUAAUUAUACGUAAAACUAAAACAAAUAACUUUAAAUGUAAUUGUUUAUAUGCUAUUUAUACACACACCUAUACAAUAUAUACGAAGGAUACUUCUAGGCUUAAUGACAUUGAUGAUCGCCGCCCUGCCACGCCCCCUGGGCCGCCCAUCCCCCCGCCCCUCGAGUUGCGCGGCAUUGUCAUCAGUUUAAAUUUGAAUCUUUACAGUUUGGCCAGCUACCGUGAAUUUGUUGCUCAUAUGACAACGCAACCACCCCACCAAUCACCUCGAACACCCACCCACCUCCCCCCCGGGGGGCGGUGGCCCAAGGUGGGCGGGCGGCGACCACACCCACACCCAAACCCUGCCCCAUCCAUCUCAACAACGAAAAUCCAAUUGAGAACUAGAGUGGCAGCGAAACAAGUGAUUUCGAUGGUCCUGCAAGCCAAUAAUACCGAUUCCCAAUUAAUCUGAGUAAUACACUUCAAGUUGGUCCGCGCUAUCUUUACAUUCAUAUAUCUAUCUAUAUGCUUGGGAAAUCUCGCAUUAAAAUGAUUCAUCAGGAAACCAUCUAAAGAUUCAAAGAUCCUUGCAGGAUUAUUACAUUUUUCGGAACACCGAAUCUAUUUUAUUCCUCCCCUUGUUUGUGUUUGCAACUAUGCGCAAACUUUAGUUCUAUUUCAUUCUUGACGCAGAACAUCUAAGCAAUACUUGAUGCAGGCAAAUCUCUUUGGUUCAGAUUGUGACGACUUCGAUCUGCGAUCUGAGCUAAAUGCAAUUUCUUCAAGGAAAAACCAAAAGCGAGAGAAACUAAACAUAUUUAAAUUAUGUAGCAACUACAUGUUAAAUCUUAGCAAUUAAUUAUUGAACAAAGGGGAGCACAAAACCCGCAUGAAAUCUACAAAUUAUACACACAUAUACGAAUAUGAUGAUCGGGUAUAUAUUUAAAGGAAAUUUUUAAGCAGCACCAAGUGAAAAGCGAACACUGAAACUCUGAAACCCUGAAACCGCCAAAAGAGUUUAUAGGAAAAGUUGAACAAUCGCCAAAUGCAUUAAAUAUAUGUAUGUAAAUAUGGGUGGUUCUUUUACAAACCGAGUGGAAAUUGCCAUGCCAAUACCAAGCCAAAAUAUUCUAUUCAAAUCGCAUUGCGGCGAAGUCUCAAUCAAUACGUUUAAGGUUAUUAAUUGGUUUUUGAAAUCCGUUUGGCUUGUAAAAGAAUUUCCCACAUGUGUGUCGUAGUAAUGCCAAAAAAAAAAAAAUAAUAAGGAAAAGGAAAAGGAAAAACACUAUAAUUGUAUCCAAUAACUCGACAUGGAACCGUGUACCUCUAUCGCUCCACCAAAAAUGGCACAAACAUAAGAAAAGCACACUGAUAAUGGUUUAAUAAAGUCAGAAUCAUUGUCGAUUGUAAACAAUGAUUUUUUUUUGUAUUUGUUGUGUGUGCGUGCAUUGGUAUUUGUACAUUUUUACAGACUUAUAGCCACUUCAGAUGCAACCGCAACAAACCGAACAACAAACAACAAACAAGAAACAAGUAACCUCAAGAGAAGCCAUCUCGUAUCAGGAAUUUUAACAAAGAUUUUAUAUAAUAAAAGUUAGGAAAACUCAGUGUUAAAUGCAUUGGCAUCGGGCCAAUCAUAUCUAAAAAAAAAAAAUAAAUAUAUAUAUAUAAUAAUAUGUAUAUGUAUGUGAGUUCUCUAAUAAGCACAUCUCAAUGUACCCAAAUGAAUUUAUGCACGAGAAUCGCCAGCAGUGAACCAAAUUACGUAUCUCCCAAUACGUAUCUCUAAAAUACACCUGUACAUACAUUUAUGUGUACGUCCAUGUAAACGAGGGGUCUCCUCCCCCGUACCCCCUCCCCCUCUCCCUCACACAGAAGGAAAACCCGAAAUUGUCAAGCCAAAAAAAAUGGAAACCAAAAGGUAUUGAAAGCAAAGUAAUGCAAAAAUGACACACGACAGACGAAAAAUGAAUUUUUUUGAACCGAAAUAAAGAAUGUAAACUACA